UCAAAGUUCACGUGUUUUUGAAGAAAAAUUAGGUUUGACAACUUGUUAAUGUCAAUGUUGAGCAAUUUGUGUCGGUGUGCGGUACUGUCGUCGAAGAAAAGCGUGCAAAAAGCGUCGACAAGCCUGCGUAUCGGCCGGGUACCGUUAUUUAGCGAUUCAUUUCCCCUCUCCCAUCGAAAACGAAACGGUUUUCGCUUCGUUCAUUCGGUAGUUGUGUCAGUGGGGCGGAGUAAAGUCGAUUGUUUCCGCAGCACCAGCGAUUCUAGUUGUAGUAGUAGAUUUUCGUCGAGUUUCACGCCACAAACGAGUAGGAAAAUGCCGGAAGGAAAACCGUUCGAGAGGUUGCCGAAAACCGUCAAGCCCGUGCACUACGAGCUCGCGCUGGUGCCAGAUCUGAAGCUGCUCACUUUCCAUGGAGAUGUGUCCAUUCGAAUUGAGGUCACCGAACCAACGAAAGAAAUCGUCCUCAACGCAUUGGACUUGGAAUUGGACUCUGUAGUCCUAAAAGGAGACAAGCAACAGACUCCCAAAGUCCAGUUAAGCCCAGAAGAUGAGACUGCCCGUCUAUCGUUUGAUACCGCGAUCGCGCCCGGUCCCUAUAACCUCAACAUUGUUUUCAAGGGAGAAAUCAACGAUAAAAUGAAGGGUUUAUACAGGAGCAAAUAUGUGAAUGAAAAGGGCGAAGAAUUGUACGCGGCUGUCACUCAGUUUGAGUCUACAGACGCUAGAAGGUGCUUUCCAUGUUGGGACGAGCCUGCGCACAAGGCAACCUUCGAUAUCAGUUUGACAGUUCCGAAGAAUCUAGUGGCCCUGUCUAAUAUGCCUGUCAAGGAGACUGCGCAAAAGGGAGAGUUAAUCAAGUACACUUUCGAGAAAACCCCGAUAAUGUCCACAUAUCUGGUGGCAACGGUGAUCGGAGAAUACGAUUACGUCGAAGACAAGUCGACAGAUGGCGUUUUAGUUCGCGUGUACACCCCCAAAGGCAAGAAGGAACAGGGGCUGUUCGCUUUGGAAGUUGCCACUAAAGUUUUACCAUACUACAAGGACUACUUCAACAUCGCGUAUCCUCUGCCCAAAAUCGAUCUGAUCGCCAUUGCCGAUUUCAGCGCGGGUGCCAUGGAAAAUUGGGGACUUGUCACCUACAGGGAAACUUGUCUGUUGGUGGACCCUCAGAACACCUCAGCGCACAGCAAACAAUACAUAGCUCUCGUCGUGGGCCACGAGUUGGCCCACCAAUGGUUCGGCAAUCUUGUAACCAUGGAAUGGUGGACUCACUUGUGGUUGAACGAAGGUUACGCUUCGUUCGUCGAGUUUCUGUGCGUGAACUACCUGUUCCCGGAAUACGACAUCUGGACUCAGUUCGUGAACGAUUCCUACAUCAAAGCGUUGGAACUGGACAGUUUGAAGAACUCCCAUCCCAUCGAGGUCCCGGUUAAUAAUCCGUCGGAGAUAGACGAGAUAUUCGACGACAUCAGCUACAACAAGGGCGCUUCCGUCAUAAGAAUGCUGCACCAUUACAUCGGCGACGCUCAAUUCCGCAAGGGGAUGCACUUGUACCUCACGAGGCACCAGUACAAGAACACCUUUACCGAGGAUCUGUGGGCCGCUUUGGAAGAGGCCAGCAGCAAGCCGGUCGGUGAUGUCAUGUCCACUUGGACCAAGCAAAUGGGAUUUCCGGUCGUCACCGUGGCCAAAAAGGUGACCAACGAAGGAGGCGGCCUUACUUUGACCUUGUCCCAAAGCAAGUUCACUGCUGAUGGCUCCAAACCUUCCGAGGACUUCACCUGGAUGAUCCCGAUCUCGAUCUCGACCUCGAAAAAUCCGGGCAAAGAGGCGGUAUCGUGCGUCCUGUCCGGCAGACAGGCCGACGUUCCGGUGCCGGAAGUGGGUCCGAACGACUGGAUCAAAAUAAAUCCGGGCACCAUCGGCUUCUACCGCACGCAGUACCCGCCCGAGAUGCUGGAAAAACUCAUCCCCGCCAUCAGGAACAAGACGUUGCCGCCCUUGGAUCGUUUGGGGCUGCUGGACGAUCUUUUCGCCAUGGUCAAGGCCGGCCACACCAGCACCGUGGAGGUGCUGAAGAUGCUGAAGGCUUUCGAGGACGAAACCGAUUACAACGUUUGGUCCUCCAUCUCGAAUAUUCUGGGGAAACUGGGGCAGUUGAUGAGUCAUACCGAGUUUGAAGCCGAUUAUCACAAGUACCAGAAGAACCUUCUUAAAAAAGUCUACAGCCGCCUCGGUUGGAACCUCCAGCAAGGUGAAACCCACUUGGACACCUUGCUGCGCGGGUUAGUUCUAGGUCGUCUGGCCUGGUUGGACGACGAGAACACCGUGAACGAGGCGAAAAAACGGUUCGAAUCGCACGUCAAGGGCGAGCAAACUUUGCCGGCCGAUCUGAGGAGCGCGUGCUACAAAACGAUCUUGAGGGCCGGCGGCAAGGAGGAGUUCGAAACUCUGUUGAGGUUGUACAGAUCCACGGACUUGCACGAGGAGAAGGACAGGAUUAGCCGCGCCCUUGGCGCUGCGAAGGAUGCUGAAUUGCUGCUUAAAGUGCUGGAAUUCGCCAUGUCCGCUGAAGUCAGAUCGCAGGAUACGGUGUUCGUGAUAAUCUCGGUGGCCUUGACUCGUUUGGGCAGGGAGUUGGCGUGGACGUUUUUCAAGGACAACUGGAGCACGAUCAAGGAGCGUUUCAGCGGUUAUCUGUUGACGAGACUCGUAAAGUACUUGACUGAGAGUUUCGCGAGCGAAAAGAUGUUCAAGGAAGUGGAGGGCUUCUUCAAGGAAAACAAGGCCCCCGGUACGGAAAGAACUGUGCAACAAUCGAUGGAAACAAUCCAACUUAACACUGCGUGGCUUAAAAGAGACUCGGAUGCCAUUAAGAAAUACCUCACCUCGUAAUUAAAUUGUACUUAAGUGUACUUAAUUAUUUUAUAGUUUUUUUAAAGGUAAAAUAUGCCAGUGACUGUACCUAGUUUAUUAUUUUUAGAAUUUUGUAUUGUGUACAAGUAAUACAUUGUUUAAUUCAGUUAUUGAAAUAUAUUGUUUAAAAAAUACAA